CUAUACGAAGAGCGGCGAGGCGAUUUGCGCAGAUCGUUAAAGUAAUAGUCGUGGUAGACUCGACGGUCGCGUCAGUGAUCCCACCAUGCCGAACGAUCGGGGCAGAAUAUGGAGGCUGCAGGAGAACACGAUGACGAUGCUCAUGGCGGAGAUCGUUGGCACGAGUAUCCUCUUGUUCGUCGGUUGCAUGGGAUGUGUCGGUGCCAUGGGGCCCGCGCCACCUCCGCUGCUGCAAACUGCACUCACCUUCGGUCUGACGGUGAAUCUCGUAAUUAUGAUAAUAGGACACGUAAGUGGCGCUCAUCUUAAUCCGGCUAUCACCAUCGGUGCAGUCAUCAUGGGCAUGAAAUCAAUUUCAACCGGCGUGCUUUACAUCUUGGCGCAACUUCUCGGCGCCACCGUGGGAUAUGGAACUCUAAAAUUGAUAACGCCGGCGGAAUUGUUCAACGACGGGAACCCGAACUCGACCGUCAGCGUUUGCAUGACAGUUGUACACCCGGGGCUCAGCGCCGUGCAAGCAUUAUUAAUUGAAGCGUUUUGCACGAGUUGCUUACUUUGUGCGGCUUGUGCCACGUGGGAUCCACGAUGCGCUCACACUACGGAUUCGGUCGCUCUCAAAUUCGGCCUCUCGGUCGCUACCCUUUCCUUCGCAGCGGGCCCUUAUACAGGGUGCAGUAUGAAUCCCGCUCGAACAUUUGGGCCUGCAUUUUGGAAUAGUGCUUGGCAGGAUCAUUGGAUUUAUUGGGUUGGUCCUAUUUUGGGAGCUUUACUUGGAACAUAUGCCUAUCAAGUGCUGUUUACAGAAAACCGUCAAAGCAAGAAAGAAUCUAUUUGUGUAAGAGAUAAACAGUCGGUCAACGUGUUACCACACUCGAAUAAUGCAAUCAUGUAAUAUAAAUAGUAGGCUUUAUAAUUUGUUGUGCAAUCCGUAAAUGACGAUGUAGUAUAAUAUUCAAAUUGUUAAUACUUUUUACAUGAUAAACAAUUAUAUAAUUAUAUUUAUUACGAGCCACGUUCACGUUCCUUAGUUUAUCAUCUAUUGGUCAUGUUUCCUUCAGAGUCAUUUCCAGUUGUACAAUACUAGAUGGCAGGUGUAAGUCGACGAUAAUCUAAAUAUAAUAAUUCUUUUUCUCAUUUAUUUAACUUUAACAUUGGAUCCACUUAAAAGUUAAAAUCGAACGUUUAUGCUUUAUUCUAAUAUAAUGUAAUUAGUCCCGGCUUUGUCUAAUAUUUCUGAUGUUUGUAAAAGUGUAAUUUAUUUAUUCGUAUUAUCCAAUAAACAGAGAUUACUAUGAUAUAAAUCUUUGCAGCAAAGAAGUCUAUUGAUUAUAUAUUAUAAAUUAUUUACUAUAGUAUAUAAUUGCUUAAUAUCGAUUGCAGUACAUUGAGUACGUACGAAUCAGCUGUAGACAAAGAAGAUCUGCGCCGCGUUAGCUGCGCAGUGUUUCUAUUAUAUUUGUCAGCGAGAAAAGGAAUGAUAUAGUUAUCAAUUUUUUUCAGUCUAUUUUUCUAGUUUCUUCAAAAUUACCUUCGUUAUGUUUGAAGGUACAAUUCUUUUUGCCUCAAAAAUAGAACAUUAUCCGAGUGGGUAAAAUCUAAUGUAGUCGCAGUGCACCUUGUGGAUACUUUUAAAAUAUUAAAGACUCUCGUGCUGAGUCCUGCAUUAUUUUUAACUCCUUCACUAUUAGAAUUUUAUUUCUUCUCUCGACGCGAAGGUCUAAACGUUGAAGCUUAAAGCUUAAACAUGUAUUGCACAUAUACACUUAUACGCUCUGACGUUUGACUACUGUGAAAUAGAUAAGAAUGCAGCAAUUGCAUUUAUAUAUUUUUGCUAUCAUUUAAUUAUAUAUUGCUAUAUAAAUUCGCAGAAGAUAAUACCACGAACUAAUGAUAUUGAAGGAUUUGAAUUUCCUUCGAAAAUGUGUGUUAUUUGUUAUUACGUUGUUCCUGUUCGUACAAAUGUAUUCAGUAUCGCAAUACAAGCCAGCACAUGAGUACACUUUUAUCAACUGAAAUAAAAUAUAAAUUAAAAU